AUGCUCAAAAGAGCUGCAAGCUCAUUAGUACAAAGAAGAAUGAUCCCGAAAUUAACACUGACGAAGACAGAACAGGAUAUUUGUUCUCUGCUUAAGGACUAUAGUCAGGAAUAUAAUCAAAAAAAUGCUUUGGCAGAACCCUUAAUGCUUAGAAUUACUGGAGGCUGGGUCCGUGACAAGCUUUUGGGUCUCAAUUCUCAUGAUUUGGACAUUGCUGUCAACGCGAUGUCAGGAGAACAGUUUGCACUUGGGCUAAGCGACUAUUUGAACCGUCAUCAUCAAGUUUACGGUAUAACGCCUCACUCAAUCCAUAAAAUUGAUAAGAAUCCCGAGAAGUCGAAACAUUUGGAGACCGCCACAACCAAGUUGUUUGGUAUCGAAGUGGAUUUUGUUAACCUCAGGUCAGAAGAAUACACAAACGAGUCCCGAAUCCCAGUUAUGGAAUUUGGGACGCCAAAACAAGAUGCGCUGCGACGCGAUGCUACCUUGAACGCUUUGUUCUACAACAUCCAGUGCGAUGAAAUAGAAGAUUUCACGGGGACUGGACUUGAAGAUCUGGAAAGAGGCGUUUUACGGACACCGCUCCCACCUCUACAAACCUUCCUCGAUGAUCCGCUGCGUGUACUGCGUUUAAUUAGAUUUGCCUCACGAUUUGGAUUUACAAUUGACCCUGAGACCUACCAGGCAAUGCAAGAUAAAGAAAUUAAUAAGGCUCUAGAGGUCAAGAUUUCUCGCGAAAGAGUUGGCGUUGAAAUUCAGAAAAUACUACAAGGGCCUAAUCCUUUGUUGGGAUUGAAACUAAUACAAGAAGCCGGCCUCGACAACGUGAUAUUUUAUUGGCAUAGCGAUCCUGCUAUCAUUGCCUACAACACUGAAAUGACAGAAAUGAGCGAACACAAUCAAGCAUACUCUAACCUCAACAGCCACAUUGCUCUCGUCAUCAAAAAACUACCUAUUCUCCUCGAAAAAUCUCCAAAGCUGCGAGCGUAUUGGAGCGAAAGGCCAACCUUCAAGCAAAACUUUAUUUUGAGUAUUAUACUAGCUCCCUUCCGAGGCAUCAAAAUCGUUUGGAAUCCUCAAAAAGCUUUGAACCGCGAGCUCUCUUUACCCGAGAGCAUUAUAAAAGAUGGGCUCAAGCUGGGGAGAAAUGAUUCCGAUUUGGUUGGAAGAUGCGUAGAAUCGCACCCAGAAUACAACGAAAUGGUAUUGAGCUAUGAAAUCAUGUCGAGAUCCGAGAUCGGCAUGAUCCUUCGUGGUUUUAAAGGUCAAUGGGAAGAAGCACACUUGGCUAAUCUAGCUUUGGCUUUUUGUUUGAACGAAUCUUCCUUAGACCAGUAUCAAAAAUUCUAUAAGUUCGUUUUCAACCAAAACCUGCAAGAUGCGCAUUCAUUGAAACCAAUGAUAGAUGGCAAAACGCUAUCCAAACAACUCAACAUAAAGCCUGGCCCUUGGAUGAGUGGCGUGGUUACGGAGAUGAUAAAGUGGCAGCUCGACAACCCCUUAUGCGGAGAAGCCGAGAUCAUGCAGUUCAUUCGUGAAAUUCUGCCCACUUAUACCUCGAAGUGA